CGGACUAUUCAGUUAGUUCACCAGCUGCAGGAGUGGUAUUAAACAAAGGCGAUAUACUUUGUGUAUUAUGGUCUGUCAUCUCAAAAACAGAUACAAGUAUUGAUGUAAAAUUAACACAUGGAGAUCCACAGAACUUACAACUAGAUAUGGUUUUAUGCUCAAAUAUUGAUCCAAAAGUCGGUCAAUGUAAUUAUACUAUCGGUGAUCUUCCUUCGAGACGUGAUUUUGCUAUUAUUGUCGGAAAGAACCCUGAUCAUUUGGGGUUUUCAAGUUUUUUCGCCAUAAAGUCGGUUGGACCCCUUCCACAAUCAACAGGAUGUCCAAACUUUGGUGGUCAUGACUGCCCCGAAACAUUACCAUGUUGCAGUGCCAGUGGUUUUUGUGGAA